AGCUGAACGUGGGCACCGGUGGGCAGCAUCUCACACGGUGCCGCCCGGCCGUUGACGGCGAUGAAGAAACGAACACUUGUCGUCCGCGUCGUGUAUGUGUCGAGGGGUGGACGACUUUAAAGCAGCGCACAUUUUUUUUUUCCGCCCAUUUGUGGAAAAGUGGCGAAGUGGUGAUGCGUCGUCGUCGUCGAGGGGGGAACGACAGCAUCCAAGCAAUAUGAGCAUUCCCGUGGCUUUCACAUUGUGGGCGACACGCUUGUCCGCUGUGGGACUGGAACGCACUUGACGUGCCCACGUCGUGUAGACUUCUUGGCCGCGGCAGCAGGAACACAAAGGAGGAUGACGCGCAGCUAAUGUGGCCUUCCAAAAUCCACAUUUCGUCGUGGAUUAGCGGCUAAUUUACCUUUAGCGAGCUUCAGUAGUGAUGAUGAUGAUGAUGAUGAUGAUGGUGGUGGUGGUGGUGGUGCCACACGCACGCCUUUAGCAUCAACUAAAAGCAAGUCGUGGGUGUGCUGUUCUGAAGAUCUUGGUAUUGGAUUCCAUCUUGUCAUCCAUGCCAGUGUUGUCGAAGGUGUCGACUGACAAACUGCAUCACCGAGUGGAAGCUGCAGGUAUUCAUCUGUGCGCUGCAUAUUGGGAAGUGUGCCCAUGGCGCCUAUGACCUGCAAGCCAAAGUGACAGAUGUCUUAAAUCAGCAUGGAGAAAGAAGCUCUCUCAAACACAGAGGAGCGCACACAAGCCAACUGUCCACCCACCUCGUGGCGUGAACUGCAAAUAAGCAUGUCGGAAGCCACGGGUGACAGAUGCCUCGCGGGCUCAGCUGUGAGAGGUGGGAGCGUCCCUUCUUCCACUUAUCAGAAGAUUGUGCGGCAGAGAUUCAUCAGGAGAAGCCUGUGGUUCUCGGACACGGAUGAGCAGGCCUCGGAGGCGUCUGAAUGUGAUCACCGGCUCCUUGAUGUAAACCUGCGAAUGGUAGCGGGCCGGACACGAGGUGCGAGCAGUGGUAUACGAGAGGACUCCGGCACUGAGGGUCAAGACGGGCUAAAAGACACUGCGAAAGAAAUUGCCAGAGCUAAUGAGGAAAAGGGUAAAAGUGGAGGAGAUGCACUAAAUGCCACUAAAAGCACUGUCAAGGCAGCCAGUGAGGAGACGGAGGAAGAGGCGGAGAUGAAGGCCGUGUCCACUUCUCCGGGGGGACGCUUCCUCAAAUUUGACAUUGAGCUCGGGAGAGGCUCCUUCAAAACUGUCUACAAGGGCCUGGAUACUGACACCUGGGUGGAGGUUGCCUGGUGUGAGCUGCAGGAUCGUAAGCUGUCAAAAGUGGAACGUCAGCGCUUCAAGGAAGAGGCUGAGAUGUUAAAAGGUCUUCAACAUCCAAACAUUGUCCGCUUUUAUGACUUUUGGGAGUCUCCGCUUAAAGGAAAGAAGUGCAUUGUAUUGGUAACAGAGCUCAUGACAUCAGGGACACUAAAAACCUAUCUGAAGCGCUUUAAGGUAAUGAAGCCAAAAGUGCUUAGAAGCUGGUGCAGACAGAUCCUGAAAGGCCUUCACUUUCUCCACACCAGAACUCCUCCCAUAAUCCAUAGGGACCUCAAGUGCGAUAAUAUAUUCAUCACUGGCCCUACGGGCUCAGUCAAGAUUGGCGAUUUAGGGCUGGCGACCCUGAAGGCUGCCUCCUUUGCAAAGAGUGUCAUAGGCACUCCAGAGUUCAUGGCUCCAGAGAUGUACGAGGAGCACUACGAUGAAGCUGUGGAUGUCUAUGCCUUUGGCAUGUGUAUGCUAGAAAUGGCCACCUCAGAAUAUCCCUACUCCGAAUGUCAGAAUGCUGCACAGAUAUACCGUAAAGUCACAAGUGGAGUCAAGCCAGCCAGUUACAACAAGGUCAUGGAUCCUGAAAUUAAAGAGAUUAUCGGGGAGUGCAUCUGUCAAAAGAGAGAAGAGCGAUACGCCAUCAAAGACCUCCUGAACCACGCCUUCUUUGCUGAGGACACAGGGGUGAGGGUGGAGCUUGCUGAGGAGGAUGAUGGGCAAAAGACCUCAAUCGCCCUGAAACUGUGGGUGGAGGACCACAAGAAAUUGAAAGGGAAAUAUAAGGAGAGUGGAGCCAUUGAGUUCACGUUUGACCUAGAAAAGGAAGUCCCUGAGGUGGUGGCACAAGAGAUGGUGGAGUCUGGAUUCUUCCAUGACAGUGACGUAAAGAGUGUAGGAAAAUCCAUUCGGGAUCGAGUGGCGCUAAUCAAAUGGAGAAGAGAAAGAACUGCAUCGGCUACUAACCGAAUGGAUGGUGGACAUGGGUUCCAGAUGGCAACUUCUCAGGGCAUGCCUUCUAGGGAAGUGCAUGCAGGGCAGCCCUCUGAGGCUGACGCUGAGCAGCACAACCAACAACAUACCCCGCCAGCCAGUUUCACUUCAGUGACAUCAGACAGCACUUUUGACAGUGGCAAGGGCUCCACCGUGUACUCGGACUCCCACAGCAGCCAGCAGAAUGUCCUCUAUCAGUCCCUAUUGGAGCCCAUCACUAUGGCAACACAGCAGGCCAGUUCUGUGGGUCACCAGAAUCAAGCAGCAGAGCUCACAUCUCACCAGUACCUCCAGCCUGGGCACAGUUACCCUACUCCCCCAUACUUGUGUCAGCCCAAUGCCGCAACACGAAGUCAGACUAGUUCAUGCUCAGUCACCCCCCAUCCUUCAGCUAGUGGUUGUUACCCACCUCCAAGUAUUUCAGCAGCAUCUGGGCCACAACAUGUUACCCAGUGCUAUCAGGCACAAGUUCACCAACCACAGCAAGCAACUUUGAACUGUGUUGCUUCGGUCCAGCAGCAGACUUACACUGCGUCAGGUUAUCAGCCACAGACAACAGCUGCCACGACGACUCUACCGGCACAGCAUUCAGAAAGUUCUGGCUGCUCAACUAUGUCCUCAACUAUGACAGCCGUAGCCAAGUGUCAUUUGGGAAACGCUUCCACUGGCGCUACGCUGCUUCCAGUUGCCACCCAAACUGGUCUGAGCUCGUCAACGUCAGUACUUAAUAGCCAGCAGAUACCAGUUCAACAAGAGCACCAACAAUGCUUGAUGCCAAAUGCUCCAGGCAGUGUACAGCAAACACAAAAUGGGAUGCAGUCUUUCAUUCAGACACAACUCCAGCAUGACCAUGAGGCAAUGCAUAGUGUACACCAACCAAUGACACAGCCUCUUCUCCAUUCUCAAAGUCUUCAGUCUGCUGGUCAGCAGGAAGUACUCACCCCAGCUCUCCAGCAGCAAAGCCACCAUCCCAUGCAGAUGGCGGUUCCACAAUCGAGACAGGAUGUAUCCCAGUCUGAGGUCCAACAGGACCAGACGAACCAGUACCUGCCUGGGCAGUCAUCUACUACACCACAGACCUAUGGAGGAGUUCCCCAGGUGCUGACUCAGAGCCUUUUGGUCUCCUUGCAACAUCGCCAGGCUACUCAGAUGACUAAAGAGAGUAUGUCAUUGGUUGGAAAAGAUGGGUUGAAUCAGGGACCGCAUCCUCCCCACCCAGUGUGCAGUUUGACAUCCCAGACAAUGUGUGUUCAGCAGCCACUAGCUGAACCAGAUGUACGUCAGCAGCUGCAGCCGCUGCAUAGUUCAACCUCACUACCACCACCAGCACACUCAUCCAAGGUGAUGGCAGCUGUUACUGACUGUGAAUCCUCCUACCCUCACUCACACACUGCCCCUCACUCUUCAGCAUCUUCUUCUCUCAACCAUGUCUUCCUUUCUCCUGGAUGCACACUCCCCAUAACUCCUUCUGUCUCACCUCUUUCCCCGAUUCACAUUGAAAAUGUGUUAGUUUCAUCUAUCCCAAUGUCGCUCAAACCGCCCCCUUCACCUGUGCUAAGUAGAAUGCCAUUACAAGCAUCUCCAAAUGAUCAGGUCGCUGUUGCUCUGCAACACAGUGCCCGAGAUGACGCCGGUUACUCAGAACCUUCAUUUGUAUCAGCUCCAACCACACAUCCCAUAUACACACACACGACCCUUUCUCCCAACACACAACCGCCCACAAACGGCAGCACUCUUACGCAGCACAACCCUCAGAAGAUAAUGGCCAGCCACCCUGACCUUGUCCAGACAACCAUUUUCACGCAGCCUGCACACUUCUCCACACCUGCACAGAAUGGCUCAGACCAAGGAACGGUUGUCACCGAUGACCAAUCAGAAAAGAAGGAAAUUCAGAACCAGAUUCCGCCUCUUCAUCCCUCUGAGUCUCAGAGUGCAUCUUCUGGGUCUGCAAGUUCCAGUCUGACACAGCAACAAUUCACUGUUUUCACAGGAGACACAAGUCUAACUGAGGCUAACACAGAGGAUCAGGCUGCAGAAAAACACACUGAUGGACAAAGCUAUGACAGUAUCAACUCUGAUGCCACAUCAGGGAAAGAGAUGAGUGAUGGCUAUGAGGGGACACAUGGAGGUAAAGGCCAGGGUAAAAUCGGCAAACACCACCGCAGGUCAACACGCACUCGUUCUCGCCAGGAGAAGAUUAGCAAGCCAAAACUCAGUAUGCUAAACGUAUGUAACACAGGGGAUAAAAUGGUGGAGUGCCAACUGGAAACACACAAUCACAAAAUGGUCACAUUUAAAUUUGACCUGGAUGGAGAUGCGCCGGAAGAGAUUACCACGUACAUGGUGGAGAAUGAUUUUAUCCUACACUUAGAGAAAGAAGCGUUCAUUGAACAGCUCAAGGACAUCGUAGACAAGGCUGAGGACUUGUUGAGUGAAGACACAGCGGCAGAGAGGAAUUCUGACCAGGCAAGCAGUCCCAUGAGUGAAGGAGCUGGCACGGUGGAGGGAAUGAAGUCUUAUGUCCCCAGCACCCCGCAGCUAGUCUACCAACAAAAUGUCCUUCACACUGGCAAGCGCUGGUUCAUCAUCUGUCCAGUGGCUGAGAUUCCUGUCCAAGACCAAGACAACACUCCAUCUCACAGCUCGACAGACAGGGAAUGCCAAAAGUCUGCCUCACUGUCAGCAAAAGCCAUCAGCAAUACACCUGCAGUAUCCACCGCUCUCUCGUCUUUGCCUUCACAAGGCCCCUUGUCCGUGUCGGUGCACCGUAAAGAUCAGAACGCCGGCGCAGCCCGUGUUCAGCAGCCAGAGUCCAAUGUCAUUCAAGAAACAAACAAUGCCAUGGGUGUUGGCCAGAAGGACACCCUUGCUGUUGAAGAAGCUUGCAUCCCCGCUGUCUCGAUAGUAAGCGACAUCCCGUGCUGCGCUUUUGUGCCACCGGCCUCCACGGAUGUCAAUACCAUUGAGAAGGUGGAGGUUGCUGCUUUGGCCACACAAACUAGUUAUUCCCAUCAAAAGGCCAGUCCAACCGCAGAGCUCCCCCUACAGCGGGCCGCUCAUCAGUCGGUGGUCCUCCAGCAACCCUAUCCCACACCUAUACCGCCGCCGUCGGUCACCUCGCAACCUCAGAGUCCGGCGCAUCAGACCUCUGUUCCAUUAGGGCACCCGCAAGUGACGAGCGGGGGUCCGGGGGAGUCGGACGGUGAGGGGCCACGCCGGGUGGAGUUCGCUGAUCGCACCAUCAAGACUUUGGAUGAGAAGCUGAGGAAUCUGUUGUACCAGGAGCACGCUCAUUCCCAGCCCUCCGGUGCCACAGCCGACCCUCAUACCUCAGAAGCAAUCGGCUCAACGUCCGUCUCAGAUGGCCACAGCAGCGAGGGGCCACUGCCCAAAAAACAGGGGGAGCCAUUGCCUCAGAUUCCCGAAAGCCCAGAUUGUGCGGGUGCACUAAGUGACUGUGUUUUGGCAGCUGGUGAUGGGAAUUUGAAAAGGGGAGCUGUGAGCGUCAGUACUGAUUCACACACCUCAGAAAGCAGUUUUCAAAUAAGACCCACGGCACCAAAUGUCAUUUGUCAUGUGGAAGAAAGCAAUAGCAGCCGCGGCACUCACUCAGCUUUUUCUCGAGAGUCACAAAGCCGAGGUCACGGGCCAGAUAGAAAUGACAAGGGCCGCAUUACUGCUGGCAGACCCACAGCCGAUCCUGAAAGUACGGGUGCAUCCAGACCCCGUUGUAGUAACCGAUUCUCGGCCCCACCAAACUUCUAUCAAGCUACCCCCGUGUCCAGCCCCGAUGUCACACCGCACCAUUUGCCCCGGGCCAUAACCAUCAGCGCUCCGACACAUCACCACUACCGCCACUCGUCACACCUCCAGUCUGACUCUGCGGAUGAGGACAGCAGCAGCAGCAAAGCUCUUCCAGUGGCCCACCAUGACGCCCCGUACGAGCACAGCGGAAGCGACCUCGUGAAGAGGGCAGUGGCCUUCCUAAAGCGCUCCGGGCGGAGUAAAAGCGAGCCGAGCUCUGAUGCGCCAAGCCGACAGCCGUUGGAAAUGAACGGUCACGCUCCUUCACCUUCAACGGGACACGUGCCGUCUUCUUACAUCAGUAGUGACAAUGAUUCCGAAUUUGAGGAUGCAGACAUGAAGAAAGAACUCCAGAAGCUGAGAGAAAAGCACAUGAAGGAGAUAUCUGAACUGCAGGCAUUCCAGAGGAGUGAAAUUGAGCGUCUGUACCAAGAGGUGGGGAAAUCUCUGCCCCCCAACGUGGGCCUGCUUCAUGCUGCCCCUCCCAGUGGCCGUCGACGUAGGGCCAGUAAACACAAAGUGAAGGCUGGAAAAUUGCUCAAUCCGAUGGUGCAGCAGCUCAAAAGCAAUCUCACCACCACAUUGGAGAAAAAAGGUGAAAGUUCUGGCAGUUCAUCUGGAUCCCCCGCUAAAAGUUCAGUUCUGUCGGACUGCUCUGCCCACUUCAGUGGCAGCUCCAACUCCAACAAUCAGCGUAGCACAACCGCGGAGCAGGUCCACACCCAGCAGCCCUGUUCCUUGAAAGGCUCCUUCUCCUCCGACAACAUCUCUGCUGGCCAACACGCUGAUGGGAUGACAAACUUGACAGGCCAAGGCUGGACGGUUUACCACCAAACGUCAGAGAGAGUCACCUUUAAAUCUAGUAGCAAACCACGCACUAGAUUCCUCAGUGGACCUGUGUCUCUGUCCAUCUGGUCCACUCUGAAACGACUAUGUCUAGGCAAAGAGCGCAGUAGUAGGUCUUCUUUGCGCACCGCCGCAGCUCAGACGCAGCCGUCCCCCGCCUCGGCCGCACCCUCGCCGCCGUCCCCUCGGCCGAUCGGUGGGCUCGCCCGGGUCCAGACCAACAACAGCAACAAUAAGAAAAGCAUGUUUACCGAGGACCUGCACAAGUUGGUGGACGACUGGGCAAAGGAGACUGUGGCGGCGGUCCACCACCCGCCCCCCACCUUGAACCAGAUCAAACAGCAGAGGCGCUUCCAGGACCUGGAAGGCAAAGUGGAGUCCCCAGGAGCAGCCACACACAAGAUGAAAUGCCACUCUGUCCCCAGCGGGUUGCUUCUGUCCCUCCCGCUGGCUGCUGGGGGAACGCAUCCUAAUACGACAAGCAGCCAAGGUCCUGACUCUCCUCUACGUGUUCUCGCCUGGGUACCUUUCCCCCGCAGGCCCCUACUGCGCUGGGAUGACUCCCGCUCCUCUCUAUUCGCAGCAGGGGCCUGGCUUGCUUAGCCCCGUUGGAUCAGUGAGCCCCUUUUCAACCGCGGACAAACCUGGAAUCCAAGACUACAAGCCCGAGAACGGCCUCUGCCCCAACUCCGCCAGGACUAACUAACCCUGAGGCUCCGGUGUGUACGGAUUGUCCACUAGAAACGAUUUGGCUCGGAUUCACCACAACCGCGUCUGAGGUUAAGCGGAACGGCGAUCGAUAUUCUUGACACAAAACCCAUUUGCGCGUGUGAGCAUGUCACAUGUUGUUUAGGACGACUUCAUGCUUAUUGAUAAAUGUGUGCUCAUUCAGCUUCAUCUCUGCACUUUUUAUUUUAUUUGGGCACAUGGGUACACUUUAAACACUACAUUGGAAUUCAAAUAUCAGUGGCUUAAGUUUCAGAAACAAUUCAGUAAUAACGUUGAUGGAAUGCAGUGCCUUGAACCUUCAACCUUUUCUUUGUGAAACAGCUUGACUGCAUACAAAUCAUUUAUUUGAUUUAAGGAGUCGCUUGAUUGAAGUCUUUUAUGCAGCGGACAUCUUUAUUUAAUUUUUUUUUUUGCUUAUGAAUGCCAUUGUAGCACUGCACUAUUAACACAGCAAAUACUCGUGUUCAAAUAAUAAAAUAAAUAAAAACAUUUUUUUUUUAAUUUUUUUUUUUUUUUUAUAACUUUCU